UCUCUCCCUCCACUCCCCCCUCUUUCUUCCCCACUCGACUCCUCUCCCCCCGUCGCGCCCACAGCGUUUGGUGUUGAUUCGAGCGGGAAGAGGGGGGUGGGUGGGAUUGGAGGGGAGACCAUGACCUCCAGCUACGGGCACGUUCUGGAGCGGCAACCGGCGCUGGGCGGCCGCUUGGACAGCCCCGGCAACCUCGACACCCUGCAGGCGAAAAAGAACUUCUCCGUCAGUCACCUGCUAGACCUGGAGGAGGCCGGGGACAUGGUGGCGGCACAGGCGGACGAAAGUGUGGGCGAGGCGGGCCGGAGCCUGCUGGAGUCACCCGGACUGACCAGUGGCAGCGACACCCCUCAACAGGACAAUGAUCAGUUGAACUCAGAGGAGAAGAAGAAGAGAAAGCAACGGAGAAACAGAACAACCUUCAACAGCAGCCAGCUGCAGGCCCUUGAGCGUGUCUUCGAGCGAACACAUUACCCGGAUGCUUUUGUGCGAGAAGAUCUUGCUCGUCGGGUGAACCUCACUGAGGCCAGAGUGCAGGUGUGGUUUCAGAACCGAAGAGCCAAGUUCCGCCGGAAUGAGAGAGCCAUGCUGGCCAAUAAAAACGCUUCCCUCCUCAAGUCCUACUCAGGAGAUGUGACUGCUGUGGAGCAGCCCAUAGUACCUCGCCCUGCUCCUAGACCCACCGAUUAUCUCUCCUGGGGGACAGCCUCUCCGUACAGCGCCAUGGCUACUUAUUCUGCCACAUGUGCCAACAAUAGCCCUGCACAGGGUAUCAACAUGGCCAACAGCAUUGCCAACCUGAGACUGAAGGCCAAGGAAUAUAGUUUACAGAGGAACCAGGUGCCAACAGUCAACUGAGGAAAAAAUAAUAAUUAAACAGGCCUAAGAAGAAAGCAAAACCAUAAGAAACCUAUCCUGUUCUGUCAUUUCUUCAUCUGCUGGAAAAAAUAAAAGCAAACAAACAAAGCCAGAACUAAAAUAUUGGGACCAUGGCGGAGAAAAGCAGGAGAGGAACAAAAUGAAAAUUAGUUAACAGUGGUUCCUUCUUCCUCUCGGAUAUCAUCACCAUUUGCUUCUGUGUGUGUGUUUAUUGUGUUUUCCUUCUAUCCAUGCUUUGCUAAUUAUACUCCAGGCUUCUUCAGUUAGUCUCAGCCCACCCAUCCCUAUAAUUGUAUGAGAAUAAAAAAAAAUUAUGCAGCAGCCAAAGAAACACACACACACACAC